GCUUGACAUGAAUUUCAAAUUAUGAGAACGUGAUAAGAAUAGCUUUAUGUCUAGUUAAGGAAUUUCAUAAAGUGUUUAGACGUUAGAUAAAACGUAACCUAGAUAUUUAUUAAUGGGUCCAAAUCCUAAGUGUAUUUAUAUUUUUAGUGGUAAAAGAAAAAGUGGAAAAGACUAUGUAACAGAUAGAUUGUAUGACAAAUUGAAUCAUGACAAUGUUAUCAUCAUUAAACUUUCUGCACCGAUUAAAAGCCUUCAUGCUGAAAAGAAUGAUUUGGAUUUGAAAAAUUUGUUGAGUCCUUUAGAAUAUAAGGAAGCACAUCGUAAGGCGAUGGUGGAAUGGAGUGAGAAACUUCGUAAUGAGGAUUAUGGUGUUUUUUGUCGAGCAGCAAUUCAGAUGAGUAAAGCUGAAAACUAUCCUGUUUGGAUUGUGAGUGAUGCACGAAGAAAGACCGAUAUAAAAUGGUUCAAGGAAAAUUAUAAUAAUGAAAUAAUCAAAUUAUAUCGAAUAGUAUGCGAUGACGGUAUUAGAAAACAGAGAGGAUGGGAAUUCACUGAAGGUAUUGAUGAUAAGGAGACAGAGUGCGGUUUAGAUGAUUUUGAUAAUUGGGAUCAAAUCAUUGAGAAUAACUCAAGUGAUGAGGUUGAUGCCUUUAUUAAUGAAACAAUUGAACAUGUUUAUUCUUUGUUAAAUGGUGCUAACAGCUAAUUUUUUAUAUAUUUUCUUAGUUUAGUAUUAAAGUAUUAUAUAGUCAUAAUAAUAUUAUAUAUUUAUUUAUCAAUUUAGUAUUGAAGUAUUAUUUAUGCAUUUAUAUACAAAGCAACUGUGAUCUAAAGGUGGAUUUUUUCUAUUUUCAUAACAAAAUUUGUAUUCUAUUAUAUUUUUUCUAAUUUCAUCUCAUUAAUAUUAUAUUAAUGAUGAAUCUCAUGAAAUAACUUUAAAUAUGUUAUGUUCUCUCUAUUCUCUCUUUAAUGUUCUCUCUAUUAGUUUUAGUAUUAGGAGAGGUGAUAGAAUUUGUGUUUAACAUUAAGUUAUUUAGUUAUCUUAUCUUUAUUAUGUCAGUUUUCUUUUUGUUUUGUUUUUCUCUCCCAAUCACGUGUAUGAUUGAUUUGUCUUGUCAUAAUAUUUUGUUGCAUCCAAGAAUUUGUCCUUGCAUCACCCGUUUUAUCAACAAUGAUUAACAUUAUUUUAUUAUGCUUUAUAAUAAUGCAUUUCUAUUGUUUAUUUCUGCUAAUUUAUUCAUAAUAAUAAAAAUUUGGAGACAUGUAAAUCCAUACAAAAUAGUAUUAUUUAUUUUUUUACGAACUUUUAAACUUUACAACCUUCUUUUCAAACUCUUCAUUCAUGAUAUGAAAAUUGUUAUCUUUUAUCUACUAUGAAUACAAUUACUU